CGUAGCGCAGGCUCAGUCUAGACGUUCGCCGCAUUAAUAAAAAGGCGAUUCCUUUCACUUGUAACUCAGUUGAUAACCAGAAACUGCACCGAAAACUAUGUUGGCGGAUAGUGCAACUCUGACUUUAGUCAUCUUUGUGGGUACGUCUGUAGUGCUUAUUUCGGUUUCGUCUUCAAGUUCGUCGGAAAUUAAACCGAUGAACAACGGACAUAUUGUGACGCCUUUGGGAUGCCACCGUCGUGUAUACACGUAUAAAGUGACACAGUCUGAUCUUCAAGGACACGAGUGUUGGGACUAUGUAAGCGUUUGGUCGUGUUGGGGACGAUGCGACUCAAGCGAAAUUUCCGAUUGGAAGUUUCCUUACAAGCGUUCGUUCCAUCCUGUUUGUGUCCACGCCCAGCGGCAGCUGGUAGUAGCUAUCCUGAAGAAUUGUCACCCUAAAGCAAAGGACAGCGUAAGCAAGUACCAGUACAUGGAGGCAGUGAACUGUCACUGCCAGACAUGCUCCACACAGGACACCAGCUGCGAAGCUCCGGCCAAUAAUGAAAUGGCUGGGGGCAGCAGGGCAAUCAUGGUAGGCGCCGAUACCAAAAACUUGGACUAUUAGCGAGUUUUGAAAUUGGGUUCCCAAAUAAAUUGUGUACGGGAUUGUGAUGGCUUUAUCUACAACAGCAAGUUAAUGCAAAAAUUCUUAAUAUAAAAUGUAAUAAAACAAAAUAAAA